AUCUCUUACCAUCCGACACGACACCUGGCGCUCAACAAACAACUCUCAUCUACUCUCACUCUCACACACACACACUCUACUACUCAUACACGCAUACAUCACACACACACACAGAGUACAGUACACCAUCUCUCUCUCCUCUCUUCUUCAUCAGCGUAACUUGUUCUAUUCCUUUUCUUCUUCUUCACCUUCUUCCCCACACCCAGAGCGUCUAGUCUAGACGCUCAAUCUCCACUCAUGUCGACCGCGCCUUCACCCAGGAGGCACAACGACGAAAACUCGCUCCCCUUCAAGCAGUACCACCACCGCGGAGACGCGACGCUCGGGUCUCUGGCAGCCCCGUCGCCCUCGCCGCGCCCCCGACAGCCCCUCGCCCAGGUGGACAACAUUCCCAGCAGCAACGCGCCCGCCAAUCUGUUUUCUUCGGCCGCGACGCGCUUCCCUCCAGCCACGCCAUCAUCGGCAACCGGCGCUGCGACCUCGGCCGCAGACGCGACCCCAGUCCGCGCACCAGCGACAAAGGUCGACCCCGACGCGCGCGAGCUCCCCCUCCCCAAGGGCCUCGCGUUUGCCGCGCCCCCGCCGCCUGCAUCGGCGCUGCUUCCCUUGCCGACGCCGCACCGCACCCCUUCGCACCAGACGGCCCGGCACCACAACCCUCCCCCGCUCCACCACGCGGGCCACCACUCUCACCUCCCCACACCCCACUCGGUCCAGCAGCAGCAGCAGUAUGGACAUGCCCAGCUCCCGAUGCAGUCGCCCCGCUAUGGCCACCACGCGCCGUCGCCGGCCCAGCUUCACCACCUCCAGAGCACGCCAAGCGCCCGUUCAAUGUCGCUUUCGUACUCGUCUCCUUCGACUGUGAGCCACAUGCCGUCGACCCCCGACAUGCGUACUCGCUCGCCUUACCCUGCUGGGCCUAUCGACCUGCAAGAGCUUCUUCCCCCGCAGCGCUUCCCUGGCCCCUUGCCGGCGGCGUAUCUCAACCAGGGCGAGAUGCCAAGCAGCGACAACGCCAACAACGCCAACGACAACGACGACAGCAGCAGCGCGGCCGCGCGUCGCACCCUUGUUUCGUGCAACCCUUGGGACUACCGCCCAGAGGACCACGGCAAGAACAAGCCUCGCCGCAGGUUCUCGCCCGGCGAGCUCGACAUGCUCGAGAUUCUGUGGACCAUCUCGCACAACCCUCACAAGUGGCAGCGUCAGAAGCUUGCUCGCUGGUUUGGCUGCACAACUCGCCACCUCACCGUUUGGUUCCAGAACCGUCGCCAGGACCUCAAGAAGGCAGAGAUGCUUCUCCAGGUCGCUGACAAUGACCCGGACACGGCGUCCAAGGCCCUCGCGGCGGUCAACCGUGCCAACCGUGGCGGUGACCAGACAAAGUUUACGAUCGAGCAGCAAAACGUCAUUCUGGACAUUGUCUCGGACCGCCUGCUUCCCGACAUGUGGUUCGCGCAGCAGCCUUCUGGUUCGUCGCCUACUGGCAUCCACGCCACUCCCUCGCCCCCCGCGCUUGGGUCGUCGCUUCCGGGCGACCGCGUCGCGUACUCGGCCAUGACUGCGCCGACGCCUACGCACCCCGGCCACCACGCGCCUGGUGCCAUCUACGCUCUCAAGCCUGUCCGCCGUGGCUACUCGCUCGACGACGUCUGCGCCGAUCGCGAGCAGAGCAUGACUCACCGCCCGUCCCAGCGUCCCCGUCACCGCGUCGAGGACUUUGACCAGCUCCACAAGAACGACCCCCGCUACCGCGAGGCGCUUCUCAACAUGCUCCCGUCCGAGCUGUCUUCUGACGUUAUCGAGCCACCCGAGGACGAGGAGGACUCUGUCGGUGACGAGGACUCGCCUACGCGCAAGCGUGCGCGUUAUGCUGCGGCUGCCCGUGCUCCUCGCCCCACCCUCCCGUCGAUCGGCCUGGGUCGCCCAACUGCUGGCGCUGGCUUUGGUGGCCACCGUGCGCGUUCGUCAUUUGGUCGCGCGUCGAGCUCGGAUGUCCUUGCCUGUUCGUCGCGUGCACGCUACCUUGCCAACAACAACGGCCUUGGUUCGUCGGUUCCCGGCAUGCUUUCCAUGCGCGCCGUCACCGACCCCGUCCCGUCGCGUAGCACUUCGGCUGGCGCGCGCUCGGCACCUCCCCCCGCCCCCGAGCACAUUGCUCGCCCUCCCUCGGCGCAGUCAAUGUCAUCUGCUGCCACUGCCGCCACGGACAAGAAGCGCAAGCUCUCUCGCCAGGGCUCAUGGUCGCACCUCCCGUCACUCAAGCACCGUGACUCGUUUGAUCGCUCCCGCUCCGUCACAGAAGUGCCUAUCGAGGAGCGUUCCUCGCCCGUGCCUGACGCGACGCGUUCCCCCACCCCUACCGACGCCGACUCUUCGUCGCCCAAGACUGCGACCACGGACCCCGCAAGCGCUCCCAACAGCGUCAAGGAUGGCCCGAGCGCCGCCAACGCUGCACCGCUCGCACCCAAGCCACGCCUCCCGAUUCCCAAGGGCCGCAGCAUCUACUCGUUUUCGACCGAGCUCGAGCCCGAGGCUAAGCGUGGCACCCCUGAGAUGGACGAAAACGUCAUUACGGGCGCGCAGGCGCUCAUGGAACUGCUCAAUGGGCGCUGAGCGCUCGUGGAGCGGACUAGACUACUACUACGAUGGCGAUGACGACGACGCGAACGGUAGCGACGAUCGGACUGUAUCAGCAGAAAGGAAGUAGCAUUACGACAAAAGGUGUACGAUAGCGCGCGGAGAGGAAGAAGAAGGUUAAGAUUGGGCUCUUGUUUCGUUUCUGCCGUGUUUUACGAGUGUUCUGGUAUAUCCGUAUUGUACGUUGGGCGCCAGCCGUCCGAUUGCUAUGCCACGGUUGGGAGCAGCAGACACA